AUGAAAUUAUUUAAUUUUUUCUUUUUAUUUAAUUUAAUUUUAUUUUAUUAUUCUGUAAAAUGUGAUAAUAUAGCAAUAAUAAAUUCUGAUAUUACUUAUCAAUCAAUUGAUGGUUUUGGUGGUUCUAGUGCUUGGUUAGGUAAUAUACCAGAUAAAGGAAUUGAAAAUAUUUUUGGAAAACUUGGUUUCUCAAUUUUACGUAUUGGAAUUGUUGAUAUAUGUAAAAAUCAAAAAUGGGGUAAUUAUCGUUGUAUUGGACAAGAAGCAUUAACAGCACAAAAAGCAUCAAAAUAUGGAGUUAAAAUUUUUGCUUCACCAAGUACUUCACCAAUAUCAUUUAAAACAAAUAAUAAUGAAGUUAUGGGAGAACUUAAAGAAGAUAAAUAUAAUGAUUAUGUUGAAUAUUUACAAUCUGCUGUUGAUGAAUUAAAUAAAGUUGGAGUUAAUUUAUAUGCAAUAUCAUUACAAAGUGAACCUGAUUUUUCACCAUCAUAUGUAUCAAUUAAAUGGUCACCAAAACAAAUUGCUGCUUUUUUAAAAUCGUAUUCUAGAAAAAUUAAAGGACCGAAAAUUAUGGCACCCGAAUGUGCUCAUUUUAUACCUGAAUAUAAUGAUGCUAUUUUGAAUGAUCAUGAUGUAGCUAAAGGAGUUGAUAUAAUAGCUUGGCAUAUGUAUGGAAUGCAACUAGUAUCACAAACAAAAGCUCAACAAAUGGGAAAAUCAGCUUGGAUGACAGAAAAAACAAAUGAUGGAAAUGAUUGGAAAAGUUUUAUGGAAACAGCAAAAGAUAUACAUGAUUGCAUGACUAUAGCAAAUUAUAAUGCUUAUGUUUAUUUUUGGUUUAAAGAUCCAAAAUAUGUUUCAAUUGUUGAUAAUAAUUAUGAAAUAACAUCAAGAGGAUAUAUAUUAGGACAAUAUGCAAAAUAUAUAAGACCAGGAUAUUUUAGAAUUAAUGCUACUGAAAAUCCAACAACAAAUAUUUAUGUUAGUGCAUAUAAAGGAAAAGGACAAGUUAUAAUUGUUGCAAUUAAUAUUGGAUGGCCUGAUAAAAAUCAACAAUUUUCUAUUAAAGGAAUUAAAGCAUUCACUCCUAUUAUUACUGCUCCAAAUAAAAAUAUGAUAAAUGGAACAAAGAUUUUAGUUAAAAAUGAAAGUUUUAAUUAUUUACUUCCAGCAAUGAGUGUUGUUACUUUUGUUUCCGAUAAUUAA